UACACAGCCAGAGGAAUUAUGCUCUGCCCUGCUCAGGCUUUGCCUAUUUGAUGAGGUGACCUAUGCAUACCAAGUAGUUCAAAGUCCGGGGAUAUCCCCGGUUUUUUUGUUUAGCAUGAGUAUGGAAGAUUAUGAUUACCUGUUCAAAAUAGUUCUGAUAGGAAAUGCUGGAGUGGGAAAGACAUGUCUCGUCCGGCGCUUUACUCAGGGCCUUUUUCCACCUGGACAAGGGGCUACAAUUGGAGUAGAUUUCAUGAUUAAAACUGUGGAAAUCAAAGGGGAGAAGGUCAAGCUUCAGAUAUGGGACACAGCUGGACAGGAGAGAUUUCGCUCCAUUACUCAGAGUUAUUACCGUAGUGCCAAUGCCCUCAUUCUUACGUAUGACAUUACCUGUGAGGACUCCUUCAGGUGCCUUCCCGAGUGGCUGAGAGAGAUUGAGCAGUAUGCCAACAACCAAGUGGUGACUAUAUUAGUCGGUAAUAAAAUAGAUCUGGCAGAGAAGAGAGAGGUUCUCCGACAGAGGGCUGAAGACUUCGCUGACGCUCAGAGCAUGCUCUAUCUGGAGACCUCAGCCAAAGAGUCCGACAAUGUUGAGAAACUUUUCCUCGAUCUGGCCUGCGAACUCAUUCGAGAGGCCAAGCAGAACAAGCUGGACAACAAUGACACUGCCCCAAUGCCCGGUGAGGGUAAAACCAUCAGUUACUUGAGCUGCUGCAACCUCAAUUAGAGAGAGCUCAGCAAUUCUGCAGUGGUAACUCAGUAGCCAUUGACUGUAGAGGGCAGAUGGCCGAGCCCCAAUGCCUCCGUCCCUCUAAGAUGGCAUAAAGCCACUUCUUAGUCCAUUCAUUUCUAGUCCCAUGCCUUUUUUAAGCUGUACAAGGGAGUUAGUCAACAUUAGUUUGGCCUUCCAUGAACAAGCAUUUUAAGAUGCUGCCAUUAUGGAGAACAUUGUCUUCAAUGCAACAGGAUGUAAAGUAUGUCUGCCUAAUGCAUCCAGGAAUCUGAGUAGGGCUCCAUUUUUCCCUUUUUCAUGGUGAAAUGGCAUAAUCUCCCUGUUUGGGUUUUAGGAUCCAUUUCCAUUAAACAUCAGUAUUCACCAGCAGUAUUAUGUGAGCAAAAAGCUCAACCAGGUAUUUUGUUACAGAUUCAGUAUAGCUGACCACAUGUUUCAUGAUCAUUGGAUGUUAUCACUUAAUGGUAACAAUAUGUUUACAUACAGUACAUUUUUGAAAUGACCAAGUCUGAUGAAAUUGCAAAAAGGUUUUUUUUGCAAACUUACACUAAAAUCCAUUGCACAAUCAUUUUAUUCCCCACCACAGUUUUUUCUGCUCUGAGAAUUGCAUAGUGUUAUUAACCUUCAUAAUGUCAUUUCUGAGUAGUUGUUUGCACCUGUCAUUACAAACUGUGAAAUAUUUGUUACCAAUAGAAGAUUUUUACUUGCUGCUACAAUAUGUUUUUUGUCAGAUAAUGUAAACUGAAACACCUAUAAAUACUACAUUGAAACAGCAUUCUGUAACGCCGUUAUUUUUUCAGCUUACUUGCAGUGCUUGCGAUUAGCAGUUGUAAUACGACGCAGCUGAAAGGGCCUCUGAAACUGUCAGUCAAAAGUAGAUAUUAAACAAUUUAAUCAACUGACAUUUUUAUUCGACUAUCAGCUGUUUCUUUUACCCAUAGACGUGAAUAUUUCUGCCUUUUGUUGUUGCUGCCUAGCCAUGAAACUGUAUCACUUCUUAUUUGUUUGAAGGGGUAUGUUCAUGUAGUUUCGUAAAUGACUUGUUGUAUUUCAUAUGCUUUUUGUGAACUUUAUUGAUUGUCCAGCAUGUUUUGCCAUAAUUUGUAGUGGUCAAACUUUAUCUUUCAUAUAGUUGCCAUAACUGUAAUGUACUGUAUUGCACAAUGCCAUAUACUGCACACUUAUUUUUAUUGUAACAUUUUGUCUUUUGUUGUACAAACUUGUAGGACAUCUUGGCACUUUGCUUUUAUAUUUUGUUUUUCCUUUGUAAAACUGGCGAGCCUUUUGAUGUGGCUAUUACCUUAGAUUUAACAGCAGUUACUCUUUGUCAAUCCAUUGGAUCUUCUUGUUAACACAAUAGGAAAACACUAUGGGGGGUGUCGUGUUUCUUUCCCUUUAUGUGUACAAAUUAAUCCCUACAACUACUCUGUAUAACAUUAAAUAAUUAC